AUGAAUUUUGAGAGCAUUGUAAAAUUUAUAGAAAAAUAAGAGGCUUGCUUAAACUAUUAAUUAAUUUCUGCACCUUUUGCUCCUAAUACAUUUUCAUUGUGGAGAGAAGUAGUCUAUGAAAAUUUGGAACCUGAUUAAUGGUUUGAGUUUGUGAAACAGAUAGAUAAAUAAUUAUUUUAAAGAUAUUUGUAAAACGUUAGAGAAGCCUAUGCAAAGAAACUUACAUAUUAAGAUUUGAAGUUGAAUCUUCGAUACGAGAUAGAUGAGAAAAAAUUGGAGAGAAUAUUUGAAAAUGAUCUAAAGAAGCAGGUGGAGACAGUAACAUUGCAUCUCUCUUAUUACCAAGCGUAAGUUGAAUAUGCUUACGAUUUGUUAAGAAGAAUACAUACGUAUAAGUUUGUGGACUGCAAUGUUGAAUAAUUUUAGACAUAGCAGAAGGAUUAAACUUUGUAUUCAAAAUAUUUGGAUAAUAUUAUGAAAGGGUUCGUUUAGAAUGUUUAAGAGAUAGCAACUGAGAAGAUAAAGGAGUUCUGUGCAACUGGAUUAAUAAAAAGUAAUUCAAUUUUGGAAUCUGGGAAAACGUUUAUUAAUUAAUUCUUAUUCAAAGGAGGCAUUGCAGCUGCUAAACUAAGCAAUUUAAAUUUGGGGUUAUUUAUUGGGUGGAAUAAUAGCAGAAUAAAUUGUUAGUAAAGUAGCAUUGAUUCUAAAUUAGAUCUUUUGUAAUUAGAACUAGAUCAAAUGACAAAUGAAUUAAUUCAGAUCAAUUCAGAUUUGGAUAAUUUGAUUUAUAAAACUGCUCAGGAAUUUCCGAGUAACUUUGAAUAAAAUAAAACAUUUGUGCAAGUAUUUGUUUAAAAGAACUACAAAGUAAAUUUAGGAUCUGAUAUCAUUUAUUGUCCAGACACCAAUACUAUAAUUUAGAAGAGUGUUGAAGACGAUUGUGUAAUAUUGGAAUAACUUCAAUUUAACUUAGAACUUCAAGAGGAAAUGGAUGAGGAUGUUUAUAUAAUAACUUCAGCCUCAAAUAUCAAAGGUAGUAUUUUACAAGAUAAAUCUAAAAAAUUGGAAUGA